CACACACACACACACAUUCUGCCAUGGCUUCCGACACCAAGGAGGUAGUCACUGACCUCGCUCCUGUCCUCCGAGUCUACAAAGACGGCAAGGUGGAACGACUGGUUGGCUCAGCCUACGUCCCACCGUCUCCCAACCACCCAGCCACCGGCGUCUCCUCCAAAGACGCCGCCAUCUCACCACUCAUCUCCGCCAGACUCUACCUCCCCAAAACCACCACCACCACCCCCCAAAAGCUCCCCAUCUUAAUCUACUUCCACGGCGGAGGCUUUUGCGUGGAAUCCGCCUUCUCUUUCUUGGACCACCGAUAUAUGAACCAAAUUGCCUCUCAAGCCAAAGUUCUUAUAAUUUCAGUCGAGUAUAGGCUCGCUCCAGAGUACCUUUUACCUGUGGCUUAUGAAGAUUGUUGGGAUGCUAUUCAGUGGGUCGCUUCACACGCCGUUUCCGUAAAUGAUGAUGGCGAAAAUAAAGAGCUCUGGUUGAUCAACCAUGGUGAUUUUGAGAAGGUUUUCAUUGGAGGAGACAGUGCCGGAGGUAAUAUCGUACAUAACAUCGCCGUGCGUGCUGGUAUUGAGAGCUUUAAUGGUGAUUUGAAGAUCUUGGGAGCUUUUCUUUCUUGCCCUUACUUCUGGGGAUCCAAGCCUUUGGGAUCGGAGUCGAGUGAAAGCCGUGAACCGAGUAUGCUUUACAUGAGUGAAAGCCGUGAACAGAGUUUGCUUUACAGGAUGUGGAUGUGUGCUUAUCCUUCGGCGCCUGGUGGCAUCGACAACCCAAUGAUCAAUCCAUUAGCGGAUGAUGCGCCAAGCUUGUCUGGGCUUGGAUGCUCGAAGGUGUUGGUGUGUGUUGCAGGGAAGGAUCCUCUAAGGGACAGAGGUGUACAUUAUGUUGAGGCUGUGAAAGGAAGUGGAUGGACAGGUGAAGUGGAGGUGUUCGAGGUUGAAGGAGAGGACCAUUGUUUUCACAUCAUCAAUCCUGACUCUGAGAAUGCAAAGAAUCUCAUAAAGCGCUUGGCCUCUUUUAUCUCUCAGUGAACCUGUUCUGGUUGUAAGUUUCUUCACUAUCCAUUUAUGCGAUACGGAAUUCUUUGCAUUGGAUUUGAUUAAGACUAUGAUAUCGACAAUUAAUUUCAAAUCAUAGAUUUUAUUUUUAUUCAUUAAUUGUGAAAAUAACAUACAAUUUAUAUGCCCUUUUGAUUUAAGGUGAGGGGCACAUUUGUAAUUUUAGUUCUGGUCUCAAUUCCCUUGUUUGAAUACC